CCUCCCUGCCUGCCCUGCCCCGCCGCCUUCGCUUUGCUUUUACGCUCUUAUUUUUAAUUAUUAUUGUUGUUAUUUUUUAAAAAAAAACUUGGAAGAAGCCCCCGCGCUGCUCCCUUCCCCCGGCCCGCAGCGCGUUCCCCUCGCGUUCCCCGGGCUGUCGGAGCCCGCUCCCCGCUCCCGACCCGCUCCAGGCUGGGCCUCUGCUGGGCUUUGGAAGCCGGGAGCGCCUCGGCACCGUCUGCCUCCCCCUCCCGGAGCCGCUCGUCUCCGCCAGCCCGAUAAAUGCUGUUUAUGAGGAUGGACCUGUUGAACUACCAGUACUUGGACAAGAUGAACAACAAUAUCGGCAUCCUGUGCUACGAAGGUGAAGCGGCGCUGAGAGGGGAGCCCCGAAUGCAGCCCCUGCAAUCCCCCGCGCUCAGCAACCACCGCACGGGCCCGCCGCCCAUCAGCCCCAGCAAGAGGAAGCUCAGCAUGGACCAAGGGGACGAGGAGCUGGACUGUGAAAACGACCACGUCUCCAAAAUGAGCCGCAUGUUCAACCCGCAUCUAAGCAAGCCUGCCAACGGGGAUUACCGCAAGGAGCACCGGGAGCGGAGCCGCAGCCCCAUCGAGCGGGCGGCUGCCCCCACCAUGAGCCUGCACGCCAACCACAUGUACACCUCCAUCCCCAGCCUGAGCAUGGAGCAGCCCCUAGCACUGACCAAAAACAGCCUGGAUGCAGCCAGGACAGUGGGCAUCUCCCCCAGCCUGAGCAGCGUGGAGCGGCAGCAGAACCGUCCCUCUGUGAUCACCUGUGCUUCUGCCAACAACCGCAACUGCAACCUGUCCCACUGCCCCAUCGCCCACAGCGCCUGCUCCGGGGCUGCCUACAGGAGACCCUCCAGCUCCACCGCUGCGUGUGACCCGGUGGUGGAGGAGCACUUCCGCAGGAGCCUGGGCAAGAACUACAAGGAGCCCGAGCCGGUGGCGAACUCGGUGUCCAUCACGGGCUCGGUGGAUGAUCACUUUGCCAAAGCCCUGGGGGACACGUGGCUGCAGAUCAAGGCUGCCAAGGACGCCGUGGGCAGCAGCCCCGAGGCGCGGCGGGGCCGGGCGUCGCCCUCCUCACACAUGGUCAGCCACAACCACUCGCCCUCCGUGGCCUCCUGAGGACAGAGCCCUUGCCGUGCUGGGAGCUGCAUGCUUCGACUGAGCUUGGAACAAGUGCUUCAGUAGGGCUGGGG